AUGGCGAAACAGGGAAACAGCGAGGUGGCGAGACGGGGCGACGACGAAACAGGGAAACAGCGAGAUGCGACGACGGCGAGGCAGGGAAACGGCGAGACGAGACGACGGCGAAACAGGGAAUUGGGGAGACGGCGAGACGGGGCGACGGGGCGACGACGAAACAGGGAAACAACGAGACGGGAUGACGGCGAAACAGGGAAACGGCGAGACGGCGAGACGGGGCGACGACGAAACGGGGAAACGGCGAGACGGGAUGACGGCGAAACAGGGAAACGGCGAGACGGCGAGACGGGGCGACAACGAAACGGGGAAACAGCGAGAUGCGACGACGGCGAGGCAGGGAAACGGCGAGACGGGGCGACAACGAAACGGGGAAACGGCGAGACGGGGCGACGGGGCGACGACGAAACGGGGAAACGGCGAGACGGGAUGACGGCGAAACAGGGAAACGGCGAGACGGCGAGACGGGGCGACAACGAAACGGGGAAACAGCGAGAUGCGACGACGGCGAGGCAGGGAAACGGCGAGACGGGGCGACAACGAAACGGGGAAACGGCGAGACGGGGCGACGGGGCGACGACGAAACGGGGAAACGGCGAGACGGGAUGA